CUACAAUACAUGGGUUUGGACAACAAUCAAGUGGAAAUUACCUGGACAAAAAUGCAGUGAUCAAGUGAGAGUUUAUUGGUUAAUAAUUCCACUUAAUCCAACUGGCUGGUCUGAUGAGCUUGAUGAGCCUGAUGAAUCUGUUGAAAAUGCCGAAUAUCCACUUUUACAUAUACGUAAUGGUUUAUUUUUCUACUUGCCAAUUCUAUUAUUAAUUAUAGCAUCUUCUGAAAUAUUGGUACAAAAAAAUCCAAUAAUAAAUAUUUCAGAAAAUUUUGAUUUAUCAGAAAUGUUUAUUGUGCUUUUUGCUAUAGGAGAUGUAUUAAUUACUUUUACAAAUAUUUUCCGCGCUGUAACACCAGAAAAGCAGAACUCUGGACUAACCCAAUUCAAACCAACAAAACUCAAGCGGCCUAUCGAAGGGUACCCCUUAAACGGUGGUUUUCCUAGUUCACUCACAAGUGGUAAAAGUAGGAAGGAGGGUACUGUUUAUGGUGGGUGUGGAGAGGAAAAGAGUUUCGAAAACGGUCUAAACGAUCUUUUAUAUCUAUUAGGGUCGGCGGCUUUUAUCUUUGAUUGGCGGCAUAUGGGCGAAAAUCUCCAAUUUCGUGAUGAUUUAAUGCGAGUGAUUAGGUUAAAUAAAAUUUGA